AUGCCCACGAAGGAGGAGCUCGCCGCGUUGGAAGCCAGAUUCCACGAGAAAUUAGAUAGUUUACAAACGGAUGUCCUGAAUUUGGAAGCUCUUAUCAACUCGAAGAAGAUGGGAAUGGGUACAAAUAGUGUAGAAGAAAUUUACAAUCCAAGGAAGCGGAGGUCAAUUCCGGCGCCAGAUUACGCAGCUACAAAUUAUCAAUUGGGCAUAACACCUGAGGCUAAUAAGGUAUACCAUGAAAUUGGCACAGAACCGGUGAAGGCUUGCGGGUAUGCUUCCGACCUUACGAAUUCAACGUUCCGCAACAAACAACUCGUUUGCAACAAGGGUUGGACCCUAAUUCAACGAAGGGGUACUCCAACCCAUCCAGGGAGCGAGAGAACUAAUUUCGAGAGAAACUGGGAAGAUUAUGAAAACGGGUUUGGUACACUCGACCAAGAUUUCUGGCUUGGUUUACAAACCAUCCAUGAACUCACGAUGGCAGGAUAUACGCGGUUACGAGUUGAUCUCGAGGACUGGGAGGGUCACAAGAAGUACGCAAUGUACGGCGUCUUCAAAGUCGGUGGUGCCCGAGACAAGUACAACUUAACGGUAGGCGAAUACACAGGGACGGCAGGGAAUUCCUUAUCCUCAAAUUCUGGAGAAAAAUUCAGCACGUAUGAUAAUGACAACGACGCCAACACCUUUACUAAUUGUGCUGCUGAAUAUCGAGGUGGCUGGUGGCAAGGGAAUUUUUGUUCCGAAAGCAUCCUGAACUCCGUAUACCAUAAUUCCAGUCAUGUCGAAAAACCUGGUGUCGGAGUGAUCUGGUGGCAUUGGACGGAUACAGAAUAUUCCUUGAAGAAGGCGGAAAUGAAAGUUCGCAAGCCUUCAGCAUUCACCUGA